AUGGGCGCGCCUAUCACCGUCUCGACCUGCUCCCUCAACCAGUGGGCGCUCGACUUUGACGGGAACAAGCAGCGCAUCCUCGAGUCCAUCGCCCUCGCAAAGCAUGCCGGUUCCACCCUCCGCGUCGGCCCAGAGCUCGAGAUCCCCGGCUACGGCUGCUUUGACCACUUUCUCGAGCCCGACACCGUCCUCCACUCCUGGCAGGUCCUCGCAGAGAUCCUCGCAUCCGACGCCACAGACGGCAUCCUCUGCGACCUCGGCAUGCCCGUCCUCCACCGCUCCACCCUCUACAACUGCCGCAUCCUCGUCCUCAACCGCCGCAUCCUCCACAUCCGCCCAAAAAUGUGGCUCGCAAACGACGGAAACUACAGAGAGAUGCGCUACUUUACCCCCUGGUCCAGGCGCGGCGAGACCGACGCCUACACCGUCCCCAGCUUCGUCGAAAAAGUCUGCGGACAGCACGACGUCCCCUUUGGCGACGCAGUCGUAAGCACCCGCGACACCGUCAUCGGCGUAGAGCUCUGCGAGGAGCUCUUUACCCCGGACAGCCCGCACAUUGCCAUGGGACUCGACGGCGUCGAAAUCUUUACCAACUCGAGCGCGAGCCACCACGAGCUGCGCAAGCUCUACCGCCGCGUCGAGCUCAUCAAGGAGGCCACGCUCAAGCUCGGAGGCAUCUAUCUCUACGCAAACCAGCAGGGCUGCGACGGCGACCGGCUCUACUACGACGGCUGCCCGCUCAUCGCCGUCAACGGCGCCAUCGUCGCCCAGGGCUCGCAGUUCUCGCUCGACGACGUGCAGGUGGUCAGCGCCACGGUCGACCUCGACGAUGUCCGCGCCCACCGCGCCGCAAAGAGCCGCGGCAUGCAGGCCGCCGUCCAGCGCGGCGGCCCAGAGUGGGGCAACGGCCAGAGCCGCGGCUACCGCCGCAUCCCCGCCGACAUCGAAAUGGGACGCUCGCAGGAGUUUGGCUCCGAGACGCCCAGGACGCUGGCCAGGCAGCUGGUGCUCAAGGCCACCUCAAAGCCCAUCGAGGUCCGGUACCACACGCCCGAGGAGGAGAUUGCCCUCGGCCCCGCCUGCUGGCUGUGGGACUACGUGCGCCGAUCGCGUACCCAGGGCUACUUUAUCCCGCUCUCGGGCGGCAUCGACUCGUGCGCCACGGCCGUCAUCGUGUUUAGCAUGUGCCGGCUGGUCGUGGCGGCGUGCAACCAAGCCGACGAGCCAGACUCGGCCGCCGCCGCCGCCGCCGCCGGCGGCGGGCAGGGGCAGGAGGGCGUGCGCUUCCUCGCCACGCCGCCCAUCCUCAAGACGCAGACCAAGCAGCAGGUGCUCGACGACGUGCGCCGGAUCGCGGGCGAAAAGGAGGGCUCCACCUGGGUCCCGCAGACGCCGCAAGAGGUGGCCAACCGGAUCUUUGUGACGUGCUACAUGGGCACCGAGAACUCGAGCGCCGAGACGCGGGGACGCGCCAAGCAGCUGGCCGAGGACAUUGGAUCCUACCACAUCGACCUCAACAUGGACAUUGUGGUGCGGGCGAUCCUGUCGCUCUUCACCAUGGUGACGUCCAAGACGCCGCGGUUCAAGGUGCACGGCGGCUCGGCGGGCGAGAACCUGGCGCUGCAAAACAUCCAGGCGCGCCUGCGCAUGCUGCUAGCCUACAUGUUUGCGCAGCUGGUGCCGUGGGUGCGCGGCGGGUGGGGCGGCCUGCUGGUGCUGGGCAGCGCCAACGUCGACGAGAGCCUGCGAGGCUACCUGACCAAGUACGACUGCUCUUCGGCCGACGUCAACCCGAUUGGCGGCAUCUCCAAGACGGACCUGAAGCGCUUCAUCGCGUACGCGCGCGACGCAUUCGAGCUGCCGGUGCUGCACGACUUCCUCACUGCCGUGCCCACGGCCGAGCUCGAGCCCAUCACAAAGGAAUACGUCCAGGCCGACGAGGCCGACAUGGGGAUGACGUACGACGAGCUGUCCAUCUUUGGGCGGCUGCGCAAGGUGGGCAAGUGCGGGCCGUACGGCAUGUUUAACAAGCUGCUGCUCGAGUGGGGCCCGACGAUGGAGCCGGCGCGCAUCGCGGAAAAGGUCAAGCUCUUCUUUUUCGAGUACGCGCGCAACCGCCACAAGAUGACGACGCUGACGCCGAGCUACCAUGCGGAGUCGUACAGCCCCGAUGACAACCGCUUUGACCUGCGCCCGUUCCUGUACCCGAGCCGGUUCCCGUUCCAGUUCCGCAAGAUUGACGAGCUGGUCGAGCAGCUGCAGUACACGCCGUCGUCGUAG